AUGAGUCUGCCUUGGAUAGAAAAAUAUCGCCCCAAGAUUCUUGCUGAUGUAGUUGGUAAUCGUCCGAUAAUUGAGUUAUUCAGUGUUUUCUCAAAAGAUGAAAGUAUGCCCCAUUUGAUCUUAACUGGAACCCCUGGAAUUGGCAAAACAACCAUUAUCAAUGCCUUACUGAAUGAAUUCUUUCCCGAUCUAAGUCUUAAGAAAGAGGCCGUUUUGGAAAUGAACGCUUCAGAUGAACGAGGAGUUGAUAUCGUACGUACUAAAAUCCGAUCUUUCCUACAAAAGAAGCUUAAAUCUGUCCGGUUUCUUAUCUUAGAUGAAUCUGAUUCAAUGACAACAGCUGCCCAGCACUCUAUGCGCCGUUUACUAGAAAAGCAUCAAGAUGCUAAGUUUAUCUUCCUUUGUAAUGAUCUAGAAAAGAUCUCUGAUACGAUUCAAAGUCGGUGUGCUAUUCUAAGACUUACUCCCCUUAGUAAAGAAGAUCUCCAAACAAUAGUUCAAAGAAUUGCUACAGCCGAAUCACUUACUAUUCCCAAAGAUGCUAUUGCUCUUGUUGCUGAAAAUGCCGAAGGUGAUGCCCGUCAAGCCAUUAACUUCUUACAAACUCUAGCUACUAUUUCUAAAUCCAUUCAACUUCCACUAGUGCAAAGAAUGACCCAUAUUCCGCCUAUUGAUACAGUCCAGCAAAUGUUCGCACCAACUGCUACCCGACAAUCUUCCCUAAAUGAUCUUCAAGCUCUUCUUACUAAUGGAUAUACUCCAGAGGACAUUGCUAAACUUAUCUUUAAAGUCGCCAAGGACAAAAACAAUCUCUUCCUACUUGACCAAGCGGCCAAACUUCUUAUCAAACUCACCAACACUCCCUCCACUCUCCACUUCUAUGCCCUUCUACUCAACUAUCACCAACAAGCCCACCUCACCCAGCACUAA